AUGGAUGAUAAUGGUGCCUCUCAGAUUGUAGGAGCUUUGGAAGCUAUAUACUCGACACAAUCUGAUAAUGCCACGCGUUUGGAAGCUCAAAAGUUUUUGGACGACGUCAAAAUGCGUGAACAGUCGCCGCUUUGGGGGUACGAAAUUGCUUUGAACAACCCGGAAAACUCCAUUUUGAAACAUUUUGGCCUUGGAUUAUUGGCAUAUGCUAUUCAGCGUAAUUGGAGCGAACACUCACCGGAAAGAAAGAUUGCGCUUCGCAAAUGGGUAGUGGAACUCAAUGGUCAGGUUCAACAUACUGAUCCACGUUAUAUCAAGGAGAAACUUGCAUUUUUGUGGGUAGAAGUAGCAAAAAGGGUAUGGGGAGAAGCCCUACGAGAGGACGAACCCACCGAAGAGUUGUUGCAAGAAUCGUGGGUCGAUAUGGACAACAACCUCCGAGAACUAUGGCAUCUCAACGAAUCUGCCAGAGAGCUUACUUUGAUCAUUUUCAGGACGCUGUUCGAAGACGUGUUUCUUCUCGAAGAUCUUGCUGUACUGAAGAGAAUAUCAGUUAUACAGCCAUUGUGCGUAAUGGUCAUCAGCCCGAUGGACAUAUUUGCAGCGCGGUACAGAUUCACAGAUAAGUGGACUCUUUUUAGAAGCACAGGUAAUGGCUGGUUUGAACUUUGGGUCACAGAACUACGCGGUGCUUUAACGUCAGGUAACGCUGUCUACGUAACAAGACUGCUGGAGACUCUCAAGACGUGUCUGAAUUGGCCACUCAGUGAGAUCAUGAUUAGAAACGAUGUUAGCGGCCUGUUGUUGGAGUGUCUGUCCAGCAAUAUGCCAAAGGCCCAGUCUAUGGCGUUGGACUCUUUGCACAUCCUUUUGACCCGACCUUAUAAUGACGACGCACAUUACCAGACGGUGAUUAACAAGGUUUUCAGUGGUAUGGACCUUCUUGACCGAGUCUACGACAGUCUACAGUUUGAUCCGAACAACAUUGAUGAAGUGAAGUACCCCAUUGUCAAAAAAUUUGUCGACAUGGUUAGCUGCCUAUACACUUGCGUUUUUAAAAUUGACGAGGACGAGGUAGUUAUAGAAAAAUACCUGAGACUAGUUUUGAAGACUACUUUCAAUCCCAGCUUGAUCGUUAGUGGGCUGACGCUAGAUUUAUGGUGCUCAUGUCUGCGAAACGACGAAUUUUUACCAGCAUUAGAGAAAACUAUCAUACCCGAACUACUCCAGUUUUCAGCCGACGCUUUAAUCUAUUACGAACAAAUUGAUGGACAUGUUUCCAAACAGUUUGCUGACAUUGAUUUCCAAUCCACUUCCGAGUUUCAAUCUUUUUGCUCUACGUAUAGAAAGAGGAUAAGGGACAUUAUUCGUCUAAUAUCUUGCGUUCAGCUAGAUUUUGCAUACGACUGGCUGAAUGCCAGAUUGAACUCGUUUUUCAGCUCUUCAUUCGGCCAGGAGGUUUUGAACUCUCAAUUCCUAGAUCACAAAACAGAACCAUACUUGAGCGCAUUAUCUCAAUUAAUGGUCGUCGAAUGCUUCAUUAAUGGCUGCAUACGUUGGAAGAUCUGGUAUCCUGAUAGUCCUGAAUACAACGAAAAGCACAACGACAUUUUGUUGAAGAUCGAAACUUUAUCGGACCAGUUGAUCGCUCUCACCUUAAGAGAGCCACUCUUGUUGAAAAAGCAGAUACAAAAUUUUGCUUUGUUUUUAACAAUGCUCAAGGAUAAUGUUCUUUUGAAACUACUUGAGAAAAUCAUCACCAGCGCUACUAUGGAGUACCCCAAUGUGGACUUGGAUGAGAAAAGCGAGCAGUCCGACGCAAUUCGCGACUUACGAUAUGCUUGUGGUAUUGAGCUGAACAGAAUGGCGAUCUUGAUGCCCGAUUCUCUCAGUAAGAUCUACGAGGAAUUGCAAAGCGUUGUCGCAAGUAUAUUGCCAAAACUCUCAUACCACGAGAAGAUAUCAUUCAAGUCAUUCUUAUUGACUAUCAUUUUAAAGUCAUCUCUCACCGGUAAGGAAGAAAGGUUUUCCGCCAUUGUCGACCCCGAGUUAAGCGCCUGGUCUGAUAAAGAGACCGUUGUCGGCUUAACGGAUCUUCCGUGGUUUAUGGAAAGACUGGGCAUAGUCCAGAUAUCUGAGUACUUUCAAAAAAGGGCGAUCACUGGAGGUGAAGACUUGUUGUCCAUUCCAAUCGACGAUGAAGGAAAAGCACUUAAGACGCAAUUGUCAAAGCGCUGGCAAACCUUAUUUCCCGUGAGAGCUACCAGAAUGUUUGUGCAUUAUUCGAUGCAAAGCAUCAAAAGUGAUGCAGAGUUUGAUGUACUUCAGCAGCUUUGGAAACCUAGAGUGGUUCCCAUACUCCCUUACAUUAUGAGACUGCUUUACCAGUUGCAAUCGUAUCACGAUCCAGCAAAUUGGAAAGAGCUUCCCACAGUGGUGCAGUCAUUUGUAAAAUGUUCAACGGUAGAACGCUUCUGGGAGGCAGGCGCCUCGAAUAAGUCAAAAGACGAGUUCAUUGAUGAACAUAUGAAGGCCAUGCAGACGCUGCGAGACUUUGCGGAUUCGGUUGGCCACAUAGUGAGGUACACAAGAGAAUAUGUCCUACUUGUCAUAAGUGCUAUGUCUAACCUUGGAAGUAUCUUUUACGGCAUCGAGGAGCUGCCACAAAUACUUAUGGACUCGAUCGCAAUAUACACACCAUCGAGAGGCGAGAUCAGCCCCGGUGUAUCUACGCAUGGCUGGAAACACAUCAUCAACGUCGCGAUACGCCCACUCCUGAAAAAUUGCCCUGCACAAAGUUCUCAGGCCUUCAUGACAGCUUUCUUGCCAAAGCUCUUUGAUACCCUAGACGUUCUUCUUUGUCAAAAGUGGUCCAUCUACAUGAAUGACAUAGAUGUCAAUCCACCACCAAGAGACGAUGAUGAAAUGACGGAGGAUAUUCUUGAGGAAAAUUUGUUGAGGCAGCUCACCACCGUUGUUGUUAGAUUAUUGAUUGAUUGCGUUGGACAAGUGGGCACCAACUCUCAAGCGUCCAAAAUGAAACUAAAUGCCCACCAGAUUGAAAUGAGAAAGAUCAUUUUCGAGAACAAUGAGGUGAUGAGUUCUUUUCUAAGACUGUUAAACCAUCUGAUGUCUUUCAGAGACAGCAAAUGUUCUUUCAACUCCAUCUUGGUCAUGAAAAGUUGCUUAGUGGACACAUUAAUCAAGAAUGAGGCUGUCGAUCAAUUUUACACCAUGCAAGUUAUGCCCAACCUGCUACUGAACGUUCUCACUCAAAGUGCCUUCAAAGAUUCCUUAUAUGAAGGUCUCUACAUCUUUACUGUCAUAUUCUUGACUCUUUGCAAAGAGUACAAGUCCUCUCGAGACUAUUUGCAUCAACUAUCCAACGGCUACGAUAUUGAGAGCCUCUACGAAAGUGUCAGAAGUGUGGAAAACUACAAGAAUCAGCGUGCCUUGAUGAUUGAGUUUAUUGAUUGGAUAAAAGUUGUCAAUGGUCGUGGUCAAGAGGAUGAUGUUGACGCAGACGACAAGAAAAGACAGGAAAAGAGAGAGGCCAUUUUAGAACGCGCUAACGAAAGACUCAUAAAGCAGAAUAAGGAUCAGAAAGACCUUUUGGACGACCCUAAUACGGAAGACGGAGCGUUCGGUUCACUUUUCCAGUCCUAA